GGUACGGUACGGUACGGCACCGGAAAUAAGACAGGAAUUAGCAUCAACGCAUGCGCAGCAGUUCAGUUCCAUGCUCGUUUCUUCUUGUAUCUAGAUCGUUCGCUGAUCAGACUCAAGGCAUUUACACCUACAACAACGACUCAGAGUUCACUGGCCGGUUGCCAUUGUACGACGAUUCACACAGCUUGUGGAUAUUAAUUCUGAUAGCUGUCGGUCAAACAUAGAACAGUAUUACGGUUCUAAUUGACAGAGGCUUACAGUUAGUGUGGUCAUCCUUCGGAGGACAGCACUUCCUUGAACUUACUUACUGAUUUUGUGUUCGUGGUCAUCCGAAAGGGGGACAGCGUUCACUUUCCAGGGUUUUACAGCGACAAGCAUCUUGAAUAAAAUGGCGGAGGGUUCACAAACACCGACGUCUUCAAGUUCAGACUCGCCAAGGAGAAGUCCGCGCAGACCAUGGAAACAGUUUCACCAGCCACCAAAUCUGGUGAAACUCCAGACGCCCCUGGAGGAAGUAUUGACCUGGAACGACCAAGGCAGACUGUGGGCGUCCCCAAGGGAAUUGGUUACGCGUCUUCACACAUUUCUGUCGGCUAAACAAAACGACAAGAUCCAACAGACUCUUCUUGGCCAAUAUAAGUUGGCUAAGGAAAAGAAGAAGAUCGGGUGGAUGAAGGAGUUCAGGGCGUGUGUUUCUCUUCAUCAGAGCGACAAGUGGAUGAAGGAGAAUAUUGAUUACCGCCCACCAACUCGCCGACAGCAAACAAGUGCCAUCCCCUCUUGCACAAUGACUAAAGAUGUACGCUUGGGUACAGAUCCGUCAUUACAAGUCGUGCAUGAGGAGGUGGUCACUGUCAAACAGGAGCCCACAACGGAACCCGGUUUGACAGUGACAGUCAAGCAGGAAGAGACAUAUGCACUGUUAACAGUGCCUGAGCCGAUAAUAAUAUCGGACGAGGAGCCUGAGGACAGGAAUGCUGAUGCCCGGUCCACUGCUCACACAGAGGAAGUUAUUGACAACCUCAGGGAGGUUAUUGACGAGUCCAACUUCCAGGCUCCAGGGGACAGGGAUUUACGGUCUCCUAGGGGUCUACCUGUAGAAAUGCCACCACUGGUUGACAGAGAACUAUCUCGGUCUCUAGUGGCACAAUCAGAUCUGAGGGCUACUUUGGACAGGAAAAGACAAAAAAGAGGAUCUAGUCCCCCACAAGAGGCAAGUCGUGGAAAAGUGCGCUUGAAGAGUUGUGUAAUUGCAAGCUGCAAGAGUAUGUUUCGCAACAUAAGACGCCACGCUAUGGAGAAGCAUCUUCCAAAGGCUUUCCAGGAGAAUGCAUUAGCUGAUAGCUCUCUUCACAACAAGAGGAUAGAGUUGCUGAUGUUUCUUAAAUGCAAGGUUCUGGGAGAGAAGGCUACCUUUAGUGAUUUGUUAAGGUGGGUGGACAGUCAAAGAGCCAUGUCAGUGGACACAUUUGUGCCAGAUACAGAUUUCAAAUGGCUAGAGAAAGCCUGCAGAAGGCAACGGUGGAGACAGCCUAGAAGGUUUUCGUUAGUGCCAAUCAACUGUGAAGCAUUGUUGUUUCACUGGAGAGUCUUGUUAGUGCUGUUAAACCAUGUCACCGAAGAGGAACGCCUGUUAUUCAAGCAGGGUAACACAAGUAACCCCAUCACAGUGGAGUGCAGCGAGGAAGAUUUCCGGGUUGUGGACAGUGUGGGCUUUGAAGACAAUUUUUCAAUGGCCAGCCCGUCUAAUGACCUGGAAGCAUUUGACUCUCAUUUUCAUGCAGAUAGGCUGAGCAAGGUCCUAUAUGGAAAUCCAAGGGAGGCGGUAGCCGACCUUAUCAAGGCGUCAGUUGGAGUUCUUCCAAAAACAUCCGUGAAAGUAAUUGGUGGAGUUAUGGUCUUCUGUGACCCGGAGACAUUUCCAGAAAAGCUGCCAAGUGAAAAAGGGUUUGGUUCUGCCGUGGGAGUUCAUCCAAAGAAAUGCCACCUCCUCUCUGAUUCUGCCUAUCAGAAACUAUUAAGCUUCCUUAUGUCCUGCAAUGUUGUUGCACUUGGAGAGAUAGGGCUUGACAGGACGGAGCCAGAAAUGUCUUGGGAUCUGCAGGAGAAGACCAUGGUGCGUUUACUUCAAUUUAGCAUGCCGGUUCGCCCAGUUAUUCUACAUAUGCGGGAUGGAACAGACCAACAUGCUGGGGAGGUAAGCGCCAAAUGUCUUCAAAUAAUGAAGGCUAAUACAGCCCCUACGCAGAAGAUCCACCUACACUCUUUUGGGGGAACUGUGGAACAGGUCGUUGGCUGGUUAGAGGCAUUUCCUAACUGUUACUUUGGAUUUAGCGACCGAGUAACAUAUUUCGACAAGUAUCAGGUUGCUGCCCUCCAAAGGGUCCCUGACAACAGACUUCUGCUGGAGACAGAUGCCCCUUACUUCAAAAAGAAUGCAGCCAAAGCAAGCACACCAGCUUUUCUGGGAGACAUUGGUGAUGUGGUCAGCAAACACAGAGGUACUUCAUUACCGGAAACAAUGAGGCUGACUACUCGCAAUGGACAGGAUUUGUACUCUCUAUAGAAUAAGGUUGCAGAAAAGUUCAGCGUUUAGCGGAGCUUUGUUUGUCCAUGCUUAUCGACGACAUGUAAAUUUAAGGAAGUUGCCUCAGCGUAAGCGGAGCAUUU